AACAGCUACCCCAAAAGCCCUCGGCACCCCGGGGAUCUAUAAGCCACCUAUCGGCACCGAGUUUUCGAGCUGCAGGCUUUGAUUGAUCUUAUUACACGUUUGAAAUCAGCACUAAAUGAGCAAAAAGUAAGCAGUAAAAUCCAUCGAACGACUAAUAGAUGUCGAGGCAAGUAGAUGAUGACCCCAUCGGAUGUCCUAAGAUCUUGAUUCUUUUCCCUGUAUUCCCCUAUAUUCCCCUACUUUUCACUCGCACAUUCUGUCUCUUCCAUAAAGAAGACACUUUUACCUCUGCCCUUUCACAACGUAACGUAGCUCAGAGUUACUCACUUGUGACCGUACCUAGCACCUAACUACCCACGCUAUGUCACCUGAAGGAACCAAUAACAUCCACGUCGCCAUAAUCGGGGGAGGUAUCACAGGUAUUAUAUUCGCGUUAGGUCUGCAGAAGCGUGGCGUUGGUUUCACCCUCUAUGAACGGACCCCGGGUUUCACGGAGCUCGGAGCCGGUAUCGGAUUCAGCCCUAAUGCUGAGCGCGCCUUCAAGAUCAUCAACCCUGAAAUAGAUCGUGUGUACAAAAAAUUGACCGCGCCAACUCACAUCGAAGAACACUUCCAAUGGGUCGAUGGCUAUAAAACAAAUGAGGUCGCGGCGAGACUGUUAAUCGGUGUCGACUCUUUCCUGGGAGGGCGCCGUUCCGACUUUGUAGAUGGGUGGUCGGAGCUCAUCUCCAAGGACCAUGUGAAGUUCAACAAAGAACUGGCAUUUCUUAUCAUUAAGGAUGACGGCAAAGUAUCGCUACAGUUUAAAGAUGGUUCCGUGGACGAAGCGGAUGUUGUAAUCGGAUGCGACGGAAUCCAUUCACGUGUUCGUCAACUGAUAUUAGGAGAGACCAACCCAGCGUCAUAUGCCAGCUACACAAACAAAUAUUGCUUUAGGGCAUUAGUUCCGAUGGAGAAGGCUCGGGCGGCGUUAGGCGCGGAGCGGACAACGGGAGGUGACAAAUCGCUAAACAGAUUCAUGUACAACGGGCCGAAUGCACACAGCAUUACAUACCCAGUCGCGCAGGGCCAAUUUCUGAACAUCCUGCUCGUCAUCUCUGACCCGAACCCGUGGAAGACUGAGGAUGGCAAGCACACGGCUUCUGGGAGUAAGGGAGAGGCUCUUCGGGCCUACGAGGGAUGGCAUCCGCAAGUGAGGGCGAUCGCAGACAUGAUGCCUGAUGAGCUGCAGAAGUGGGCCAUCUUCGACAUGUACGAGAACCCCGCGCCAUACUACUAUCGUGAUAGUGUGGCUAUCGCAGGCGAUGCGGCUCAUGCUGCAGGUCCGCACCUCGGUUCAGGAGCCGGUUUCGGCAUAGAAGACGGACUGGUUCUCGCGACAGUGCUCGAGGCCGUCAACGCAAAACUCGAUGGUCAAAGUGGGAAGACGAAGGUCGAACUCUGCCGCGAUGCACUAGCCGCAUAUAACAACAUGAGAUACGAUCGCACGCAGUGGCUUGUGGGAGCCACCCGAGAAGCUGUUGCAUUGUUCCACUGGCAGGAUGAAAACGUCGGUAGCGAUUUCGGGAAGUUUCUCCCGGAGAUCACCAAGCGAUUUCACAAGAUCUGGAACCACGACGUCGAUAAGAUGGUCAAGAAGACCCUUGGAGAAUUCGAGAGGUUGGUUCGAGCGUUGCCAAACUAAUCCGUCGCUAGGGAAUAUAAUCAGGGCUGUCAGGGGCCGGGUCUAGACGCUAACGGUUUGACUAGCAAACACUCAAUAUGUCCUAAGAGCAGCCACUUAUGCGCCAAGAAGCUAUGAAUCUGGGAAGGAUUCCAGAAAAUUAAGCGAUUUUCCAGGUCUUUCGUUAGUUCACAACAAGCUACUACAUAGUAGGUAGGGUUGGGGAGCCAGUUUAGGAGCCAAAAUAUUUACACGACGCCGUCGGUUCUAUUAGGGUACAUAGUUGAAAUCACAACUGUGACUUAUCUAAAAUGCAUUAUAGAUAUUUU